UGCGGCGGAAGGGCGCGUCUCUGUGGUAACGCGGAAGUGCGAGGGGCCGCCGGCCGCGCGGGACCAGCGGGGCCGGGCCGGGCCACGGUCACCGGGCCCUCUGCCGCCUCGGCCUCCCCUUCUCCCUCCGGAGAUGGCGGCGGCGGAGACGCUGGUGCGCGGUCUGGCGCGGCUGCUGCAGGACAUGGGGGACCUGGUCCUGGACGGCUCCAGCACGCUGACGCUGCUCACCCCCACCCUGCAGCACCUCACGCAGGUCUUCGAGCAGCACCUGGGCUCCCGCAACCAGAACCGAGGCUUCGUGGCCCUUCCUUCGCACCCUGCCGAGACCGCCGUCAUCCUCCAGGCACAGUUUCUCUUCGACGUCCUGCAGAAGACUCACUCUCUGAAGCUCAUUCAUGUUCCAAACUGUGUUUUGCAAUCUGCUGUGAAGAUUUUCCCUUUCAAGUCUCUCCGGCAUCUGGAAUUGAGGUCUGUCCCUCCACACUGCCUCCGGGGACUGCGAUUUGUCUAUUCACAGCUGGAAUCUCUCACCUGCUGCAAAUGUAUCAGUACUCUGGAGGAAAUAAUUUCAGCAUGUGGUGGAGAUCUGAGCUCUGCUCUCCCGUGGUUGGAAUUGCAGACUGUGAACUUCAGCUAUAAUUCCAUCACUGCCUUGGAUGACUCACUGCAAUUACUGAAUGCUCUGAGAGUCUUGGAUUUGAGUCAUAACAAGAUCCAGGAUUGUGAGCACUAUUUAACGACCCUUACAGAACUAGAGUACCUCAAUCUGGCCUAUAACUUCCUGUCCAAGGUGCCAAACCUUGGUAUCUUCAGCCGAUCCAAGCUGGUGACUCUGAUCCUGCGCAACAAUGAGCUUGACAGCAUUAAUGGGGUUGAACAGCUGGUGAAUCUGCAGCACCUGGAUGUAGCCUAUAACCUACUGCUGGAACAUGCCCAGUUGGCACCAUUGUCCACUCUGCACUAUGUAAAAAAACUACAUUUAGAGGGAAACCCAUUAUGGUUCCAUCAAAACCACCGACCUGCAACGCUUGUACAUCUGUCACCCAGGGCAGCCUCCUGCAAUUUCCUCUUGGACGGGGAGCCACUCUCUUCCUCAGACCUAAUGCACCUCCCAAGACUUGUGCAAAGUGUGUCACAGUCCAUCCACACAUCUACCUCAGAGAAGACCAUGCUGGACCGCAGCGGUCUGGACAGUUCCUGUGCUGCAGACUUCAGCGACAGCCAGUCCCCAGCUGAGAAUGUGGCUGUGAGGCUCCCUCGGAAGAAGAGCAAGGGCAAAGUCAAGGUGCGCAGAGCGAGCAUUUCAGAGCCCAGUGACACAGAACAUGAGCCCCAGGCCUUGUCUCUCUCUGCUGGCUUGGUUCUACAACAUCAGAAAAAGAUGAAGCGCUUGGACAGCUUCAGGGAUCGCUUUGGUGUUGACUGGCUGCAGUACAAGAAACACCUGGAGGAGCAGGACCAAGUAGCUGUCAUCUGCCGUAGCCGUUCAGCAGAUGAGAUCACAAGCAGCCCUGCUGCAGUGGACUUGCAGAGUGAGAGCUCUGACCCAGAGCAAGGAAAACCCCAGGUAUCCCCCAAAGAACCCUCUCAUUCUUUGGAUGCUUCUGAGAAGGAAAAAGAACCUGAAGUACAGCUGGAUAAGCCUGUGGAAGGAGAAGAGAGAGAAGAGGAGGCAGAUGAGCUAAUGCUGGGAGAAGAAGAAGAAGAAGAGAAACCAGAAGUGGACCUUUGCCAGCCAGUGCUGGUGAGCCAAAUAGAAGGUGAAGGUGACCCAGAGGCAGACUGGAUCUUCCUGCGAGUCACAGCUAAGCAUGUGGUUGAGGUGGAACUCAAGGCUGCCAGAGUCCUCCACAAGCUGGAGCUGAAGUGCCUGCAGAAGGUAGAGACCUCUGAGAUGAAGUGGAAGAUGAUGGACCUGGAGCGAAUUUUCCCCGUCCUUAUACUGCACUUCAGCUACAUUCGCAAGGACCGGCAGAAGCGCAGAUACGUGGUGCUUGAUGACUCCCCAGAGCAGUGCCUGCAGUGUGUCCUUCAAGUGUUGUCCCCAGCUGUUGAGGAGAAUCGGCGAAAUCAGGACCAGGAAAAGGGAUGCACAAAACUCCAGUGCCUGAAGUGCAAGCAGGAGUUUUCACAGUCACUGUCUCCCUGGCAUCAAGGUCCCUAUCCUUCAGAGGCUGGAGAUGCCAAAAUCCUGGAGACCCUGGUUGCCUCAGAUCAAGGUGCUGCAGCAGCUGAUGAGCCCAUAGCCUGUCCCAGUUGUUCCAGUGACCAUGUGGUCAUCCUGCCUUCAGAGCUGUGCUCCAGCACACCUGUGCCUCCUGGCCCCGACAGCACGAGCGAGGACUUGUCAGACUCUGUCCUGGAGGGAGGCAGCCUGCAGGAGGGCCCAGAGGAAGCACCUGCCCUGGCCAGUGAGAGUGGCAAGUUCUACAUUGGUGGGGAGGAGAGCUCGGACAUGGAGAGCAGCCGCAGCAGCAGGAGCCCGGAGCAGAGCGCCGAGCACGGUGUCGCUCUCCGUGCCCCAUCCCACACUGUCGAUGGGGGCUCUGGGAAAGAGGACCUGGGUGUGAGGAGCCAGUAUUUGUUCCUCAACCACACAGACACCGAUGCGGGCAGCUUGCUGGGGAGCUACCGGUACAGUGCUUCUCGUGGGCCCACUCCUUCCCAGCUCUCUCUGAACUCCGAGCCUGAGGAAACAUGGAAUCUCAGUCCCUCUGUAAAUGGCCUCCUGAACACCAGGGACUUCCGUUCUGUGGAUCAUCGCCUGAAGCUCUACCUGGAUAUGGAGGUUUUUGAGGAGAAUGCUGAGGAGUUCCAGUGCUUCCUCAAGGUGGUCAUGGUGAAAUUUGGCCGGGAAGGAGAGUUCCUCUCAAUCCUGGUUGCAUCUGAUCUCAAGAUGUAUGUGCUGGAAGUCACUGGGGCUAUCAGGGGACAACCUGCAGACUGGCUGAAGAAGAAUGACUCUCACUACCUGGCUGAUAUUUCGCAUCUGGAAGUGGGGCUCUGCCACCAGAGCUUGCGAAUGGAGUUUGAGAACCCAAAAGCUUCCUACAAUCUGCUGAUCCGAAACCAAAGCUGCUGUGACCAGUUCCUGCAGACCCUGACAUAUCUCAUGCAAGAGCUGCCUGCUAAGCAAAGGAGUAAGGUAAAGGAAAUCCCCACAGUGGAAAUGAACCCACAACAUUGGCUAUGGCCUCUGCUGGACUCCAAGAGCACAGGUUCUGCAGCCGCAGAUAACACUUGUUUCUUCUACUUGCUGGCCUACCUGAUCCAAGGGGCAUCUGCUUUCCCUGUGACCCUGCUGAGCACCCAAAGCACGCUGUUUCUGCUGGAGGAGAAUCACCAGUGGCAGGUGCAGCCCUCCUUGGAUGCAGACCACGAGGCAGGAACGCCUUCCAGGAGCAGCAUCCAGUUGAAGGAGAAGCAGCCCAUCAGCAGCAUUAGCAAUGUCAUAACCUAUCGCCUCUGUCCUUGCGACAUCAAGCUGAUGCUUUAUGAUGAGGUGCUGAAGGUGGAGAGCACUUGGCACAUCCGCACGGAGAGCCCUGAGCUCCUGGGGGAGCUGGUGGAGUGGAUCCGUGGGCCCUGGGAGGAGAUGUUCUCCAUCGAGCUGCGGGAGGCUAUGUACGAGCGGCUGGAGUGAGCUGCUGGAAUGUGGGCAGGCAGGACCUGCACUCAGCAGUGCUGCUGGGCCGCCAACGGUGCACGAGGGGCUCCUGCUCCCAUCUCACCUUGAUGGCCUAUGGCCUCUGCUUUCUACUCCACUCUUGCUCCUGGCCCCGUUUUGGUGAGGAGGAGGGGAGCACACAAUGGUCCUCACUGCACAGUCACUCACUUGCACUGGGCUGGCCACGGAAGGAAGAGGUGGAGGGUGUUCUCUGGAGUACUGCAUAAGCUACACAGCAUUUUAACUUGGCAGUGUCUGCUAGUCUCCUUUGGGGUCAUGUGGAGUGUCCCUGAAGGAAGAGGAGAGCCAGGCCAGAGCACGUUCACUGGGACAUGCAGUGGUACUAGGCAAACAGCAGGCCAGAGGCAGCUGGGUGCUGUGGUCUUUCUAGCAGGUGUAUUUGCUGCCUUCCUAGCUGUCCCACAACAGCUGCCAUUAUCUACUGAUUUUUUUUUCUUUUUCUACCCCUCUGUCCUGUGCACAGCUUCCCUAAAGCUGCCUGCUUCAAACAGGAGCCUGAUUGCACAAGGGGCUCAGGCAUGUUGUACUGGUAACCCCACAGAGAGCCCUUACCUGCCUGCCUGGUGGGGCAUGAGUCAGUCUGCUGCUGUAGUCUGUCACUGGGGAGGGAGGAGCUGUGAGGCUCUUGGCACAGAAAUGGGUUGCUCACCACCCAGGGGUCAGGACCCUGUUGGGCACUGGCAGGUAAGAGUGAGGAUUAGGCUUUUCUGGGAGGUCCAAAAGCAAGAGUCUAUUUUAACAUGAGUUUUACUAUUUUCUAUUGUAAUAAAAGCUGAUAUUUAUUGAUUUGUCA